CUCCAAAAUUAUCGAAUGUUUCAGUUGAUGAGAUUUUCUGUAGAGGAAAUAAAUAACUCUACCAACCUCCUGCCAAAUGUAUCUCUCGGCUAUGAGAUUUUUGAUCACUGUUCAGAUAGAUACAAUUUUCCAGAUAUUUUCAAACUUUUGUCAGUCAAGGACUUGAUCCAACCUUGGGAUGAACCACACGGUCAAAAAGCACAGACGUCCAAUGUGUCCAAAGUGAUGGCAGUGGUUGGUCCGUUUACAAGCACUCAGUGCAUGACUGUAGCCCCUCUGUUCAUGGUAGAUCUCAUUCCUAUGGUCAGUUAUGGAGCUUCUAGUUCUGUCUUUUUGACAAAACAGAAUUUUCCCUCUUUCCUACAAACAGUGCAUUCCAAUAAAGACAUCAUAGAAGUGAUUGUUAGCAUUGUGCAGAAGUUCAACUGGGGCUGGGUUGCUUUUCUUAACAGUGAUGAUGAUUAUGGCAAAGAUGGACUGGAAUUGUUCAUAAAGAGGAUUAAGGACACUGAUAUCUGCCUUGCAUACACCCAAGAUCUCAACUACAACACAAAUUACUCUGUAUUAUUCAAACAGAUAGCAAUACAGAGGAUAAAUGUCAUUAUUGUUUUGGCUCCAAGAAUGACUGCUGAAGCUCUCAUUAAGUCAGCAAUACGACUAAAUGUCACCAACAAGGUGUGGAUAGCAGAUGAGGGAUGGUCCUUGGACAAGAUGCUUUCCAAGAAACAAGAAAUCAAAAAUAUUGGAACUGUACUUGGAGUGUCUCAGCCUGUAGUGCCAAUACCUGGUUUCAAUAAAUUUAUCUAUUCUUUCAAAAGCCAGACUCAUUUUGAAAAUGCAAGUGAGCAGGAGUUUUGUAAUCAGGUUUGCAACUGCAGCAGCAUAAGGGCAGACGAAAUCUUUAAUGUGGAUCCAUCUUACUCUUUUUCUGUUUAUUCUGCUGUAUAUGCCAUCGCUCAUGCCUUACAUAAUGCCUUGCAAUGUGGAUCUGGCAGAUGUAAUGACAAUAUUACAGUAUACCCACACAUGGUUCUGGCAGAACUGAAGAAAUCAAACUUUACACUUUUAAAUCAAAGAAUUCAGUUUGAUGACAAUGGGGACCCCAAGUAUGGAUCAUAUUCUAUAGUUUUCUGGAACCAAAGUGGUGAUGCAGAGGAAAUCGGCUUUUAUGAUUUUUACCCAUCGGCCAUUUCUUUCAUCAACAGUACCAAAAUUGAGUGGUACACAAAAGGAGAAGUGCCUUCUUCAAAGUGUUCCCCAAAAUGUCGUAAAGGAUAUGCAAAGAAGCUAAAUGGAAUCCACAAAUGCUGCUUCGAUUGUGAAAUCUGUCCAAAUGGAACUUAUGUCAACAGCACAGGGAGCAGUGUGGAAAAUCGGGAGGCGAGGGACCGAGGACAAGGGGCGGCCCGCGAUUCUCCUCGGUGCCUCAACGCGCCUGGUAUGAAGACAAAAACUGGCGACACACAAUAG